CAGCGCGGCCUGGGCGUUGCAUCAUUUCUCCACUCCCUGCUGCAGCGUGGGUCCAGGUUCUUUCUGGAGGCACUCCGACCCGCGGUGCUUGCCCGCCGCAGCCCGUCCCGUCCGGCACUCCUGACUCCUCAGCAACAAAAUGGUUCAGCAAGUUCCGGAAAAUAUCAAUUUUCCUGCUGAAGAGGAGAAAAUCUUGCAAUUUUGGUCUGAAUUUAAUUGUUUUCAGGAAUGCUUAAAGCAGUCAAAACACAGACCAAGAUUUACCUUCUACGACGGGCCUCCUUUUGCAACUGGACUGCCUCACUAUGGACAUAUACUUGCAGGGACAAUUAAAGACAUAGUUACAAGAUACGCUCAUCAGAGUGGAUUUCAUGUGGACAGAAGAUUUGGAUGGGAUUGUCAUGGCUUACCUGUGGAAUAUGAAAUUGAUAAGACACUGGGAAUCAGAGGACCAGAGGAUGUGGCCAAGAUGGGAAUUACAGAGUAUAACAACCAAUGCCGAGCAAUUGUGAUGAGAUAUUCUGCUGAGUGGAGGUCUAUUGUAACCAGACUUGGCCGGUGGAUUGACUUUGACAAUGACUACAAAACUAUGUACCCACAAUUCAUGGAAUCUGUCUGGUGGGUUUUCAAACAACUCUACGAUAAAGGCCUUGUUUAUAGAGGUGUGAAAGUUAUGCCCUUCUCCACAGCAUGCAGCACUCCACUAUCCAACUUUGAAUCUCACCAGAAUUACAAGGAUGUUCAAGAUCCUUCAAUAUUUGUCACCUUCCCUUUGGAGGAAGAUGAAAAUGUAUGUUUAGUUGCUUGGACAACCACUCCGUGGACUCUACCUAGUAACCUUGCCGUCUGUGUUAAUCCCGAUAUACAGUAUGUGAAGAUUAAAGAUAUUGUCAGAGAAAAAUUGUUCAUUUUAAUGGAAGCCAGAUUAUCAGCCCUCUAUAAAGCGGAGAAUGACUAUGAGAUCCUUGAAAGAUUUCCUGGUGCCCAUCUCAAAGGCAAGAAGUACAGGCCACUGUUUGACUACUUUGUGAAGCAUAAAGAGAACGGUGCUUUUACCGUGCUUGUCGACAACUACGUGAGAGAGGACGAAGGCACUGGGGUUGUACACCAGGCUCCUUACUUUGGUGCUGAUGACUAUAGGGUCUGUGUGGACUUCAACAUUAUUCAGAAAGACUCACCCCCUGUUUGCCCUGUUGAUGCUUCAGGCUGUUUCACAGCAGAAGUGACAGAUUUCACGGGACAGUAUGUGAAGGAUGCUGACAAACAUAUCAUCAGGACCCUGAAGGAACAAGGCCGCCUUCUUGUUGCCAGCACCUUCACUCAUAGCUACCCUUUCUGCUGGAGGUCAGACACACCUCUGAUUUACAAGUCUGUGCCCAGCUGGUUCAUGCGAGUGGAACACAUGGUGGACAGACUGCUGAGCAACAAUGACUUGUGUUAUUGGGUCCCAGAGUUUGUGAGAGAGAAGCGAUUUGGAAAUUGGCUAAAAGAUGCACAUGACUGGGCAAUUUCCAGAAAUAGAUAUUGGGGCACCCCUAUUCCACUGUGGGUCAGUGAUGACUUCCAAGAGGUAGUAUGCAUUGGAUCAGUGGCAGAACUUGAAGAGCUGACAGGAACAAAGGUCUCAGAUCUCCACAGAGAGAGCAUUGACCAUCUGACUAUUCCUUCGCGUUGCGGGAAGGGAUCAUUGCACCGAAUCUCUGAGGUGUUUGAUUGUUGGUUUGAAAGUGGCAGCAUGCCUUAUGCACAAGUCCAUUAUCCGUUUGAAAACAAGAAGGAGUUUGAGGAUGUUUUUCCUGCAGACUUCAUUGCUGAAGGCAUUGACCAAACCAGAGGAUGGUUUUACACCCUACUGGUGCUGGCCACAGCUCUCUUUGGACAACCAGCUUUCAAGAAUGUGAUUGUAAAUGGGCUCGUCCUAGCUAGUGAUGGCCAAAAAAUGAGCAAACGAAAAAAGAAUUAUCCAGAUCCAGUUUCAAUCAUCCAUAAAUAUGGUGCCGAUGCCCUCAGAUUAUAUCUGAUUAACUCCCCUGUGGUGAGAGCAGAAAACCUUCGCUUUAAGGAGGAGGGUGUGCGCGAUGUGCUGAAGGACGUACUGCUCCCUUGGUACAAUGCGUAUCGCUUCUUAAUCCAGAAUGUCCUGCGGCUCGAGAAGGAGGAAGAGAUAGAAUUCCUCUACAAUGAGAACACGGCUAAAGCCAGCACCAACAUCACCGACUGCUGGAUCCUGUCCUGCAUGCAGUCGCUCAUCGGGUUCUUUGAGACAGAAAUGUCAGCUUAUAGGCUUUAUACUGUGGUGCCUCGCCUGGUCAAAUUUGUGGAUAUUUUGACCAACUGGUAUGUCAGAAUGAACCGCAGGAGGUUAAAGGGUGAAAAUGGGACAGAGGAUUGUAUUAUGGCCUUGGAAACCUUGUUUAGCGUUCUGCUUUCUUUGUGCAGACUUAUGGCUCCCUAUACACCUUUUCUCACGGAAUUGAUGUAUCAGAAUCUAAAGAUGCUGAUCGAUCCAGUUUCUGUCCAGGACAAGGACAUACUCAGUAUUCACUACCUCAUGUUACCCCACGUUCGAGAGGAAUUGUUGGACAAGAAAACUGAAAGUGCAGUGUCCAGAAUGCAGUCUGUGAUAGAACUUGGGCGAGUGAUCCGAGACCGCAAAACUAUUCCAAUAAAGUACCCUUUGAAAGAAAUUGUGGUUAUCCACCAAGACCCAGAAGCUCUUAAAGAUAUCAGAUCUUUAGAGAAGUAUAUCAUUGAGGAAUUGAAUGUUCGGGAAGUUACACUGUCUACAGAUAAAAAUAAAUAUGGCAUCCGGCUAAAGGCCGAACCUGAUCACAUGGUCCUUGGGAAGCGACUGAAAGGAGCCUUUAAAGCAGUGAUGACCUCUAUCAAGCAGUUGAGUGAUGAGGAGCUGGAACAGUUCCAAAAGAACGGGACCAUUGUUGUAGACGGCCAUGAGUUACACAAAGAAGACAUUCGCCUCAUGUACACCUUUGAUCAGGCUACAGGGGGGACUGCACAAUUUGAAGCACACUCGGAUGCUCAGGCUUUGGUUCUCUUAGAUGUCACCCCUGACCAGUCGAUGGUGGAUGAAGGAUUGGCUCGGGAAGUCAUCAAUCGCAUCCAGAAACUUCGUAAGAAGUGCAAUUUGGUUCCAACUGAUGAAAUAACAGUUUAUUAUGAAGUAAAAUCAGAAGAAAAGUAUCUGAAUAAUGUUAUUGAAAGCCACACAGAUUUUAUACUUGCCACCAUAAAGGCUCCUUUGAAACCAUAUCCAGUUCCUGUAUCAGAUAAAAUCCUUAUUCAGGAAAAAAUACAGUUAAAGGGGUCUGAACUGGAAAUUACACUCACCAGAGGAUCAUCCCUGCCUGGUCCCGCUUGUGCAUAUGUCAAUGUUAACAUUUGUGUAAAUGGGAGUGAGCAAGGUAAGAGUGGAGUUUUGCUUCUAGAAAAUCCAAAAGGCGAUAAUAGGUUGGACCUUUUAAAGCUGAAGAGCAUUGUUAGUAGCAUUUUUAAGGUUAAAAAUACAGAGCUGGUUGUCUUCCAUGAUGAAACAGAAAUAAAAAACCAAACCGACCUUCUAAGUCUUAGUGGAAAAACACUUUGUGUGACUGCAGGAUCAGCCCCGUCUUUGGUCAGCAAUCACAGUACUCUUCUCUGUCAGUAUAUCAACCUACAGCUCUUGAACACAGAACCACAAGAAUGUUUAAUGGGAACAGUGGGGACUCUCCUGCUUGAAAACCCAAUUGGGCAGAAUGGACUCACCUACCAAGGUCUUCUGUAUGAAGCAGCCAAGGUAUUUGGCCUUCGGAGCAGGAAGCUAAAGCUGUUUCUAAAUGAGACUCAAACACAAGAAAUUACAGAGGAAAUCUCCAUGAAGACUUUGAAUAUGAAGACCGUAUAUGUUUCUGUAUUCCCAACAACGGCAGAGGUCUAACGUUCACCUGUUAAUGUGAUCCGUCAGCGUUUCCCUGGCUUACACCCAUUCCCAACACACACACAGACACAAUGAAGAUAUUUUCUUCUGGUACAUGUGUAAUAUGCUGCUUUUGGUCCAAAGUUCAAAUGGGAUUGAUUUAUCAAGUAAUGAGAACUCAUGGUAAUAUUGACACUUAACCAUAAACACCUAUGCGGUCAUGUUGGGGGAAGGUUUCAGCGUUACCUUAGUACUACCGAGUUUAUUUCUGUACUUGAGUUCUCACGUAUUUGAGUUCUCAAGGUAGAAGUUAUUUAAAUGGCAUAGUAUGUACACUUUUAAAAUGUGUUUGGGACCUCUGGAAGGAAUGGACAUGUUAUGUAUUCCUGCUGUCUGGAUUUUCCUGAGCAAUUCAAUGGAAUAUUCAGUGGUUUCUCAAAUUUAAAUCAGAACAAUAAACUUUCUCUGAGAUAAUAAA